AUGGACAAAAUGUCAGACCUAAAGCCCCUUCGCAUCGCCAUUGGGUGCGACGACGCUGGCGUUUCAUACAAGAAGGCCAUCAUCAAGGACCUCGAAGCAGACAACAAGCGCGUCGAGAGCGUCACGGACGUCGGCGUCCCUGAGAACACAGAUAAGACCGCGUACCCGCACAUCGCCGUCGAUGCGGCUCAACUCGUCGCGGCGGGCAAAGCCGACCGCGCAAUUCUGAUAUGUGGUACGGGUCUGGGCGUUGCAAUUUCUGCGAACAAGGUGCCAGGCAUCAGGGCCGUCACCGCUCACGACAGCUUCAGUGUAGAGCGCUCGAUCUUGAGUAAUGACUGCCAGGUGCUCUGCAUGGGGGAGCGUGUUGUCGGUAUUGAGUUGGCGAGAAGGUUGGCGAAAGAGUGGAUUGGAUAUCGGUUCGAUCCCAACAGCGCGAGUGCGAAGAAGGUCGCGGCCAUCUCAGAACACGAGCGCAAAAACUAUGCCGCUUUGCAGGCGGAGGCGAAGAAUGGGCCUUCAUGUUAG